GAUUGUCAGAUCCUCAUUAAAAUGGAAAGAAAAAUGAAAAUAAACUACUAAUACAUGCACCUAAUUCGAGGCCACCCUGUAGUAGUCGAUGCCCCAAAGCUGAUUGGAUCUUAUAUACCCACCAUGUAAAUGCCGGGGAAGACAAAUCGCUGAUCUGUCAGGGAAAGAAAGAUGAAGUGUAUACUCAUCGUGUAUGUCUUAUCAUUACUAUGUCUGAACCUGCAGAAGGCCAAUAUUGCAGAGGCCAAGAAGGUUGUUCACAUUCCAGACGAGCUAGACGAUGUGGUAGAUGAUGAAGAAGACGAAGAAUGGAAAGAAUGGGGGAAACCCAAGCCAAAAAUCCAACCAUUUGACCCACCGCCAGACUUUAACGGCAUGGAUCCUUCUCAGAUCCAGGCUGAGAUGUUGAAGAGACAUUCUGGCCCCUCAAUUGGUUUUGUCAAGCUUCGCCUUGAUGUGCCUCGCAUGAAGGAAGAAGUAACUGGGAUAGCCAAGAAGUGGACUCAACUGCUGCGGACGGGAUCUAUUGAAGCAAAGUUCAUGGCUGUUGAUGUCAACACUGUUAUGUUUACAAUGGAGCAGGGGCAAGACACUGCGGAGUUGAAAGAUUUUGUUUUGAGCCAACCAGAAGCUUAUGAGUUUAAGUUAGGCCAGCAUGCAUAUCGAAGACCUGGAGAUCCUCCACUUGAAGAAGUUAUAGAAAGGUUACGCACAAAUAAUGUUGAAGCAGCUGAGGGCGACCCUGCAAAGCAGUCUAACCCCAAGGAUGAACUUUGAAUAAGUAAUAAUUUGGAACAAUACAUUAUCUGGGUUGACGCAAGGAUGGAAACAGCAUUUAUAAACUGUAAAGAUUUUAGAUGCUUCUUCAGGCUUGUCAUUUGUCGAAUAACGUCUGUUAAAUUUUAUGAACUCUUAAUUCAUGGGAUGUUUCUAUAUGUCAUCCCUGAUAUGUAUUGAAAUUGGUUCACCUAAAUGUUCUUAAAAAACAAGAUAAAAUUUUAAGGUAUGGAUGAUUAAACGCUAAUGUUUUGAUUU